UGCCAGUAACGCGCUACUUAGUAACGCGUUACUGUAGUCUGACUACUUUUUUCAGUAACGAGUAGUCUAACGCAACUACUAUUUCAAAACCAGUAGUCAGACUACAGUUACUUAUCUAAUAUUAAAUGCGUUACUUUUUCGCAUUUCACUCUGUAGAAUCAAUGAGUUCAACGCGCCGUUUGAUUGGAACUUCCGGGCAGUUUUUUUUGCAAAUGUUCUGUCCUCAUAUCUCUGCGGCGCGAGAGAGAGUUAGCUGCAACUUUAGUGUGCUAUGGAGGAAGAGCGGUUCGCGUUUAGCAGUUGGAAAUACAAGGACUAUUUUGAUUUUAUUUCAGUUAAUGAUGGUAACAUCAAGGUCCGAUGCACGCUCUGCCCUGGCGAGAAAGUACUCUCGACUUUCAAAAAUACCACGUCUAACCUAAAGAAGCACCUCGAUAAACAGCACGCCACAACAAGCUUAAAGGAGCGAGCACCACCCGGAGUGAAAGAAAAAGACAUGGUAGGUCCCAGUCCUAAACAGAUGAGGCUUGAUUUCGAAGCAAAGCCAACUAGUGGUGCCGAAUUGAACCGGUUAGUUGGACGUUAUGUGGUUGAAGAGAUGCUGCCUGUCAACACAGUCGACUCGCCCUCAUUUCGUGACAUCGUUCGUAGGAUUCCUACCAGUAAAGGCACUGAGCUACCUCAUAGAACAUCCUUUGCUAGCUACCUGGACAGGGAAUACUCAACGAUGGAGGAAAAUCUUAGAACCGCACUACGUGAUGUCGACUUUGUAUCAACAACAGCAGAUAUCUGGACAGCGAAUAAUAAGAGCUACAUGGGGGUCACACUGCACUGGUUUAGUAGACACACUUUGGAACGAAAAAAGGCCGCUUUGGCGUGUAAGAGAGUACGGGGCAGACACACAUAUGACGUGAUAGGUCAAGAAAUCGAAGACAUCCACUCGUCGUAUGGGAUUGUAAAUAAAGUCGUUGCGACAGUGACGGAUAACGGCUCGAAUUUUGUAAAAGCAUUUCGAGUUUAUCAGGCUCCAUCUGAUGACGACGAGAUGGAAGAAGAGUCCCUCGAUGAAGUCACGUUUGUACCAAUGUCAGACCUAUUGUCAGCUGAGCAUGAGAGGGAUGCUGAGGCCCAGAUUGCCCUUCCUCCACACCACAGAUGUGCCUCACACACAAUCAACCUCGUUACCACAAAUGACGUCGACAAAUACUUAACAUCAAUUGCAGACGUCAAGGUUGUGUACAGGAGCAGCACAGCAAAAUGCUCUGCUCUGUGGACAAAGGCAAGUAGGUCAAGCACGGCAUCAGAGGCAGUGGAGGAGGUGAGCAAAAGGAAGCUCCUAGUCCCAACAUCGACACGGUGGAACUCCUUUUUUGACUCUGUAAAAAGAGUCACAGAAAUCCCCAUGCAUGAGCUGAACACUCUGUGCACCAAGUUAGGGGUAAAAGGUUUCAAGGACAAAGAGUACCAGUUCUUGCAUGAAUAUUGCACUGUCACAAGGCCUUUGACCAUUGCACUGGACAUUUUGCAAGCCGACUGUCCUUAUGGAACUUUGCUACCCACAUUGGAAGCGCUGAUGCAGAGGGCCCUGGCCCUUAAACACACCCUCUCCAGCAUGACUGCAGGCCUGCCGGAUGCCAUAGUGCAGGCAGUGCAGACACGGUUUGCCAAUCUCCUGGACGAUAGAGGUGCCCUUCUCGCAGCUGUGAGUUGCCCAAAAUUCAAGCUGAGAUGGAUGAGAGAUGCAGAUAGGAGGGAGCAAGUGAAACAGCUUCUCCAAGAUGAGUGCUGCACAAUUGCUUCUCCACGACAGAGCUCUGCCAGUGUCGCCAACUCACCUGUCCACCAAGGUGAGGCGGAUUUUUUUGAUUUUGAGGCACAGCCAGAGGAGGCCUACUCUGCAGAGAAAGAAGUGAUGAUGUAUCUGAGUUCGUCAAAUGAUCUUCAGGUUCUGCAUGACUUUGUCAACAUAAAGAGGAUCUUCUUGAAGUACAACACACCAACCCCAUCCAGUGCUCCUGUGGAGCGUCUGUUUAGUCUGGGGGGCUUGGUGCUCACACCAAGAAGAAACAGACUGUCUGACCAGAGGUUCGAGAAGCUUCUGCUAAUGCGGUACAACCACUGGUUUACCGGCCCCAGUCCACAGUUUCUUGCAUAAAUCCUUGCUUCUCUAAUGCGGGACAACUACAGGCUUAUUAACAUGAUUUUGGUCUUGUUUUGUUAAAGCACUCCUUGUUCUAAUGCGGGACUACAGGUUCAUUAAGAUAUUACUGUAAUUCAUAUGGAUGAUGAUGAUAUAUGGAGUUAAGAAUAUUUAUUUUAUUUUUAAGCAAGGCUACUUUCUUUUUUACUUUCUUAUAAGAAAAGUUCAUUCAUUGAGGUGUCGUUAGCUUUUCAGUGCCAUAAUAUUUUAUUUUUAUGAGGAGUUAUUUAUGUGAAAGUCAAUUUUAUUUGUGGAAGUCAAUUUUAUUUGUAUGUUUUAGUAUCUUAACAAGACACUUUAUAAUUUACAUAAAGUCAAGUAAGACUGUCUUAUUUUUUAUUAUUAAAAAGUUAGUGAGUUAGUUUUCAAAUGUCCCUGUCAGUUUUGUUUGGUCCAGAUGUUUUUGACAUUUUGUUGUUUUUGAUGUCAAUAAAAGUGAGUUUUGGCAUAACUGGUAGUCAUUUUUAUGUUGAGGGGGUGGGGGAUCAGCCUUUGCUGUAAGUAGGGUGGCCAGAUGUCCAUCUUUUAGGCCGGACCGUCUAUCUUGUCAGUGUCUUGCCCAGCCUCAGGGGCAGCAUCAAGCCAGACAUCUAAUUCAGUAAAAUGCAGGAAUUUGCAUCUAAAGGUUACAAAAUGUAUCUGCUAGGCCUAUAUGCUGCAAGUAACUAAAAGUAAUCUAACUUAGUUACUUUCAAAAUCAAGUAGUCAGUAACGUAACUAAGUUACUUUUUCGAGCAGUAGUCAGUAGUCAGUAGUCGAUUACUGUUUCAAAGUAACUAUGGCAUCACUGAUCAUAU